AUGGCCGAUUUCAAUUUCCCCGGAAUCGAUCUCAGCGAUCCAUUUCUUCCACCCCCCGCUUCCGGUUCCAUACCAGUAUCCAUCUACACCGGUACACCCUUCGAAUCCAUAUCCAUAUCCAAAUCCAAAUCCAAACACACCACCCCCAAACUCUCCAUUCAACCGUCCCACGACUACGGUACAUUUACAUAUCCCCUCACACCGACAGAUGAGCUUCCUAGCUCCAAUCCCAAUCCCAAUCGCAUCUCCUCAGCUACACGACACCGAGAUUUCUCUUCAGAUUCACAUUCACCACCUUCUUUAUCAUAUUCUCGCUCUUCGAGUAUCUCUAGCUCUUCUGAAACUUCUCGCUCGUCAUCGUCAUCUACAUCUACAUCUAAUCUGGAUAUUGUAUCACUAUCGCAUCGAUCGUCGAAGAAUACUACUACAUGGAGACCCCUCACUUCUUUCCCUCAUUUCGCAUCGUUACCAUUGGAAAUCCAAAAGAUAAUCUGGAGACACACAUUACCCGGCCCACAAAUCAUAGAAAUACAUCACCACUCCCACAACCACACUCCCCUCCCCCUCCCGCCCACCCUCCACACAACCCAACUCUCCCGUCACCUAACCCUCACCCACCUAACCCCCCUCACUCUCUUCCACCCCUACUACCUUCCCGCUCCACCCCCCUCCUCCAAUCACCUAUCUCACCUCUCUCACCCCACCUACAUCGACCUCUCUCACACCACCAUCUACAUCUCCCCCCUUACCAUCUACCCCGACCUCGGUCUCCACAUGCUCUACACGCGAAAUUUACAUCUUAUACGAUAUCUCGCCAUUUCCUUCGAAGUUUGGUGUGUGUUAAUAUUGGAUAAUCAUUUUGUGACUGCGAUGUUGGAGAUGGAGAUGGAGGGGUUGGUGGAUGUUGAGGUUGUUUUUGAGAGGGGAGUUGAUUAUUCUUUUUCUGAUACGACUUCCUCUGAUUUGCUCUGUGACUCUAAUGUCUCACCAUCACGAUUACAAUCUCAAACCCACUCAAACUCAAAAAACACAUCCAACCCCAAACCCAACCUCUCAUUCACAACCCCCACCCCCACCGAAACCCAGCACCUCCAAACGCUCUUCUCGCGCUCCUACACUCGUAUAUGGCGCUGGGGCUACAUCAGCGGAUGGGAAAAGAUUUUAUCCAAGAUUUGUUUUCGGUGGAUUGACGAGGAUCCCGAAAUCGAAACCGACGCAGAGAUAGGAGACGCAGAAGUAGAAGUGAAAAUAGGAGAAUCAGAAUCAGAAGGGGGAUUAGAAAGUCUAUUGCACAGCGUCGACGAUGUAAUGAUGGAAUAUAGACAUGGAUAUAGAGAUGGAUAUAAAAACAUCUCUUCAAAACAGGGUAGAUAUGGAAAUGUCACUUCGGGACAUGGCAGAUACGGAUAUGGAUAUCGAGAUGCAGAUGCAGAACAAGAACAAGUAGUUGAAUACGAAUAUAGCGAGAGUGAGUAUUCUGUGGAUAUCGACGAUGAAUGUUUUUCUGUUUCUGUUUCUGAUGUGGAAAUGGAAGGUUUGGGUAUAACAUAUUAG